CCGGGGGCGGAGCGGGCCGGGCCGGGCCGCGCGGGGCGGAGCGGCGCGGAGCGCGGACAGCCGGCCGCGGGAGGCAGCGCGGCCGCGGGGGGCAUGUCCGUACCCAUGUCCGUACCCAUGUCCGUGCCCGUGUCCGUGCCCGUGCCCGGCGGCGGGCGGUGAGCGGCCAUGCCGCGCAGGGCGGAGAGGUGCCUGCAGAUCGCCCCGCACUCCCUGGCCAUCGUCCUGGACGCCGCGGCCGGGGGGCGACCGGGGGGCGACGGCGCCAGCGGUGCCGGGGCCGGUGCCUGUGAGGGGCCGGCGGCGGAGCUGGGCCGGCACCGCAUCGGCUACGAGAUCUUCGCGGACUUCAAGCGGGAGAACAUGCAGCACUUCUGGGACCGGCGGGCCACGGCGGCGGUGGCCGAGACCUUCUUCCUGGGCUGGAUCGACGAGCAGGUGCUGCUGGUGCAGGGCAAGGAGGAGCACCUGGAGGUGCUGCGGCAGGGCUGGGCGCGCCGCUCCCUCAAGCCCCCCAGCGGCUUCCACAUCAAGUGCCUGGGGUUAUUUCCCAGACUGGGCAAAGUCUCCAUCUGAAGCCUCACAGCUGAUAGCAGAAAGAAACAGCUGCCUUUUGAACUGUGCCUACGAUACCCUCCAAGUCUGUGCUUUGGGGUUCCUUGCAGAAGUUGUGUGUCAUUGCUGCCUGACCUGUUUCCAAACCCGUUUGUAACUUCGGUGUUUUGGUGGCACUGCUGCCUCUCUCUUUAUUCUACUUUUGUUUCUGUGGAGUCCUUCUUUCUGAGCAAAGCACAAAGCUAUUAACUGUUCUGGGAAUGUGUUGGCUCUUAAAUAAUCACAGGCAGAGGCACCGUGCCAAGUUUUGGUUUGGAGUAACUGUUUUUUCUGCUUCCAGACCUUGAUGUAGCUCCAGAGAAAUAAAGGUGUU